AUGAAGGAGCGUCAGCGGUGGCGGCCUGAGGAAGACGCCGUCCUCCGCUCGUACGUCCGGCAGUAUGGCCCCCGGGAGUGGAACCUGGUGGCGCAGCGGAUGAACGUGGCCCUGGACCGCGACGCCAAGUCCUGCCUGGAGCGCUGGAAGAACUACCUCCGCCCCGGGAUCAAGAAGGGCUCCCUCACCGACGACGAGCAGCGCCUCGUCAUCCGCCUCCAGGCCAAGCACGGCAACAAGUGGAAGAAGAUCGCCGCCGAGGUGCCGGGCCGCACCGCCAAGCGGCUCGGCAAGUGGUGGGAGGUGUUCAAGGAGAAGCAGCAGCGGGAGAUCAGGGACAGCCGCCGCCCCAACCCGGAGCCCAGCCCCGACGAGAGGGGACGGUACGAGUGGCUGCUCGAGAACUUCGCCGAGAAGCUCGUCAAGGAGAGGCAACAACUGGUGGGAGUGGGCGGUGACCACCACCUCAUGGCCGCGCCCAUGCUGCCGCCAUGGAUGUCGUCCGCCAACGGCGGCGCGGCAGUCGCUCCGGCCCCGCCGACGCCCUCGCCGUCCGUCACGCUCAGCCUCGCGUCCGCGGUCGCCGCGCCACCGGCACCGCCGCGCCCUCCUCCCCCUCCUCUGGCGGAGCUGGCCGAGUGCUGCCGGGAGCUGGACGAGGGGCACCGCGCGUGGGCGGCGCACCGGAAGGAGGCGGCGUGGCGGCUCAAGCGCGUGGAGCUGCAGCUGGAGUCGGAGCGCGCGUGCCGGCGCCGGGAGGCCGCGGAGGAGUUCGAGGCCAAGAUGCGAGCACUGUGGGAGGAGCAGGCGGCCGCCGCGGAGCGCCUGGAGGCCGAGUACCGGGACAAGGUGGCCGGGCUCCGGCGCGACGCGGAGCUCAAGGAGCAGAAGAUGGCCGAGCAGUGGGCCGCCAAGCACGCUCGCCUCACCAAGUUCCUCGACCAGGUCGGCUCCUCGUGCCGCCGCUGGUCGCCCGGCGACAUGAACGGCCGGUGACUGCCCCGCCGCGGCCAUUGCUGGUUGCUUUCUUUGUUGCACUCCCGACAUCCAAAAACACAGCGAUGGCUUGUUCGUUGCACAUCUUUAGUUUUCCUUUUCUUCACUGGAAGCUUCAC